UGGAGAAUGAUUUUAAUACUCACAAUACAGUCUUGAGCUCAGCUGCGUAUACUUAAGAUCAAAAUGCAAGUACAAAUCAUUAUUGGAUUCGCGUUACUGGCGUGCGCUUGCGCACAAGUAUCCCAAACUUAUGAAGAAAGGCCAGCACGUCACCCACGCGAUGUAACUUGGGACAAGAAAGUCGGUGACGGUAAAAUAUUUGGUACCCUCGGUAACACGGAUGAUAGCCUUUUUGGUAAAGCUGGAUACAAGAAAGAUAUAUUCAAUGACGAUAGGGGUAUUCUGAAAGGUGAAGCGUAUGGUUCACGAGUUCUGGGUGCAAAUGGCGACAGCAGCUAUCUCGGCGGAAAAUUGGAUUGGGCAAACCGUAACAAAAAUGCUGAGGCUACUUUGGAACUGACGAAACAGAUUGGUGGCCGAACGAACGCCGCAGCUGCUGCUUCUAAAGUAUGGAAUUUCGACAAAAACACUCACCUAUCAGCUGGAGGAACCGUCUCCCAAACUCUGGGUCACGGAAAACCUGAUGUUGGUCUAGGAGCCAAGUUUGAACACAUCUGGUAAUAAGAGAAAAUAUUUUGACAUUUUGAUGAUUUUUGGAGUGAAUUAGUGACAUUUGGAAAAUAAAUUAUUACU